AUGAGCGCCGCCAAGACCGUGCUUAUCACCGGCAGCAACCGCGGCAUUGGGCUGGCCUUCACCCGCCACUACGCGGCCAACGGCUGGAAGGUCAUCGCCGCCGCGCGCGACGUCGAGGGCGCCACCGACCUGAAGGAGCUGGCGGUGGCCAAGAUCGUCCCGCUGGACAUCAGCGACGAGGCGUCCAUCGCCAAGGCGGCCGAGACGCUCCAGAGCGAGCCCAUUGACCUGCUGAUCAACAACGCCGGCAUGGGCGGCGGCGGCGGCAUCCUUGAUGUCACCAAGGCCGAGAUGAUGAAGCUCUUCGAGGUGAACGCCGUGGGGCCCUUCCUCGUGACGCGCGCGCUGCUGCCCAACCUCAAGCUGGCCGUGGCCAAGAACGGCUCGGCAACGGUGGGGCAGAUCACGUCUCGCAUGGGCAGUAUCGCCGACAACGGGUCCGGCGGCAGGUACAGCUACCGCGCCUCCAAGAGCGCGCUCAACAUGCUCAACAAGAGUCUGUCGAUCGACCUCAAGGACGACAAGAUCAUCGCGCUGGCGCUGCAUCCCGGCUACGUCGUCACGCGCAUGACGGGCCACACGGGGGAAGUCACGACGGAGGAGAGCGUCGCGGGCCUCACUAAGAUCAUCGCCAACGCGAAGCCCGAGGACAGCGGCAAGUACUUCCACUUCCGCGGCGACAUCCUGCCGUGGUAA